AUUGUCUGACCAUGUGGGAAGUAGCACUGUGAAUACUUCAUCCAACAUUAUAUUGUGUGCCCAUUAUAAGGGCUUUCACAAACCUGUCAGUUCAGGACAAGCCCUUAUAAAGACACCUAAUUUUAUGGUCUAGUAGGUAAUUUUGUGGGAUGUUUAAUUAAUUUUUAUGCCCCAGGCUACUGAGAAAACCCCAGGCAUAUUCAGAUGUCCUGCAUUAGAGCAUGGGGUGCCAAAAGCAAGUGGUUUCUGGGGUUGUUUAAUUAGAAGUCAUACUUGCCAUCAAAGAAAAGUGACUUGUUAAUAGAUCACUUGCCCAAUCUCUUGGAGAUGCCAGUCGUCGUAACAGGAGCAGAAUGAAUUUAAACCGUCUCCUGGGAGAAGAUCCGUUUCUCACCCCACCACCCGAUCCCAAUGAAGAGAUCAUCAAGAUGAGGAGCGUGAGAGCUGCAGCACAAGUAGCGAGAGAGAAGACACACUCUUUAUCUGUGAAGGAGAGGACUCCAGAUGUGAUGCUUCUAGACACUCCCCCGAAGACACCAAGAGAUGCUGCACAAGUGACACGAAAGAGGCUUGUGUUGUCACCAAAGAAACAGGAUAAGGACCCGUCUUCUCCAAAGAAACAGCGUGUCCAGAGAAGGAAGAAACAGACCCCCUUGACCACAGAGUUACAAGCUUUGACCAGUGAGCAGUUGGUCAGUGUAGUGGAGAACAUUGUCCAGAUGCACCCUGAGCUAGAACAGGAAAUCAAGGCCAUCAUCCCGUCACCAGACCUGACAAGGAUGGAGGACAAGCUUCACCAGGCAGAAAGGAACAUCUAUAAAUCUUUUCCUAACACCAGAUGGGGCUCCAGUAGGGAUGCCUUCUGUUUCAGGAGGGUGAAGACACAUCUCGAGGCAUUCAAGAAAGUUUGUCUUGAUCAGGGCCGUGUCCUUUUGGCUGCCCAAGCCUAUGAGGCAGUAAUAAACUACUGUUUGAUAGCCUGGGAGUAUGUGGAAAGACUUCCCAACUGGGAUGACUAUGCCCAUAAUAAGAGCAAGGAGCAGUGUUUUCGGACAUUGUCGUCACAGUGCAUGCAGGCAAUCAAGAAAGCCACUCUGGAGAAGGAAAAAUAUAGGGAAUAUAAAGCAAGAUUACAAGAUGCUACAGAGGCAAGUGAAGAGAUUCAUCCAGUGGUACUUCAUCUAGACAAAAUUUUAGACAAGUUACCCUGAAGAUGUUCAGCUUAUUUCAAGGCAGCCAUUUUGAGAUAAGUUCAGUGCUUUUAAGGAACCGAGGCAGCAGUUUGCAAAAGAAAGAACGUCUUUGAAAAAUUUGUGAUGAUGAUUAUUAUUUUUAUUAUUAAACAAUGGUGCCAUUUGCACUAGUAAGUAAACUGUGGUCCAGUAAACCUGGACAGAACUGUAGUUGAAUAAACCCUCUUCUUUGCAUUUACAUCAGUUAGGACGAUUGCCUUUGUCAGAUGUACUUCUGUUAAGCAUAUGCACUUUUGUUAUCAUUAAAAAGUUGUGGGAGUAGGGAAGAUAUUUCUACCUCAACUUGCCCCAAUUUCCCUUAACACCAUUUCAUCCUUACAGCUUCCCUCAAACUUUUUUGUGUAUUUUUUCCUCUGGCUGAUAUCGUGGAGUUUAUGUAUUUAUGAUAUAUGAGACAAAAACUUGAUUGUUAUCACAGAGAUGCAUUUCCUAUUUCUGUUAUGAAAUAAAAUGUGUGGUUGUGGGUUCAGGUUGCGAAGGAUGCUCCCAAAAAUGUGUCAUUUUUGAGUGUUGUUACAGUUAGUAGUUCAAUUUUUAUUCAAAGCAUUCAAUUAUAUUUCAUUUUACAAAUAUGUUAAAGAAUAUAUGAAAGAACAAGAAAUGUAAAAAUUAUAUUGAAUUGCCUUAAAAUCCAGAUGUAGAUAUGUAUUGAGCUGGGGGUAUUCCUUCAUGCUCAGAAUUUAUCAAUAUAAUUGAAAGGGAUAUAUAAAUGGAUUUUCUUGAUGAUAUUUGCUAAAAGGGAAUUAAUGUUAUUUCAAGUUUACAGAGAGGGUAGAGGAUGUAAUUCUUAAUUUUUGAUUAAAUAUUCAUUUUGCACAAAAUGUGCAGUGGGCUUGUAAAUAUAUUAACA